AUGAAGACGGUCGCCGCUCUCGCUAUUCUGCAGGCCUUCGCCGUCCACGGCAUCCGCAUCGUGCAGGGCAACGACGACGGCUGGGCUGAGCUCUACGCGCGCUCCUUUGAGGAUGCCCUGCGCGCCUCUGGCCACGACGUGGUUCUCUCGUGUCCCGCCGAGGACAAGUCCGGCAGCUCCUCCAGAGACGAACCGCCUACCGACCGCAAAGAACCCUGCGAAUACGACUCGUGCCCGCCCAACUCCGGCCCCGUCGGCCACAACGCCACCCGGCCGGACCUCAACUGGGUCAACUCGUUCCCCGUCACGGCCAUCAAGUACGGCAUCGACACGUUUGGCCCGCAGCUGUGGGACGGCGCCGCGCCGGAGCUCGCCGUGUCGGGCCCCAACGUCGGCGCCAACCUCUGGCUCGCGGUGCCCUUUUCCGGCACCGUCGGCGCGGCGGCCUACGCCGCGCACACGGCGCGCAUACCGGCUCUCGCCUUCUCAGGCGCCGACGACGGCCGCCUGCGCUGGGACACGAGCCCCGUGCCAAAGGUCAGCGAGGUCUACGCCCAGCUCGCCACCAACCUGACGAAUGCCGUCGUCGCCGCGGGCAAGCCGUACCUGCCCGACGACGUCUUCCUCAACGUCAAUUUUCCGGACGUGGACGAUAGCUGUCCGGAUGCCGCGUCGUUCAAGUGGGUGCUGAGUCGCAUCAACCCGGGCAUCUUUUCGCCCAAGGACGUGCAGUGGUGCGGAGGUGACAGGCUGCCCACGGAGCACCAUGUGCAUGACCAAAAGGGCUGCUAUGUCUCGGUCAGUAUUGGUGAUGCGAAAGACAAGACGACUAGCAAUGAUGUUGCUAAGCAGCAGGCUGUGCUCGACAAGCUCAAGAGCAUGCUCACAUGCUUGCCUUGA